GUCCUAGUGUUACGCAGUGUUCAGUAUGGACGAUAUUAAUGGAGAUAUUAUCCAAUGGAGAAAAUUGUGGCAAUUUAUUUCCGGAAUUCAUUACGGUACCCCGAACGCAGACGUAAAGGAAAAAUUGUUUCAAGUGUCUAAGGAACUGGUGGACGGGAUACUGCAGUACAAAAAGCCAAGCAAAGCAUCGGAGGAAAGGUUGCAGAAGUUGAUCAAAGACCGAAACCAGCUAAAGCUGCAACCGUUCGCAAACAAACUUCAUCAAUACUUGGACAUCGACGCCGUUCAAUCAUGGCAAAUACUUUGCUAUUAUUUGGUGAACGAGUAUCGUGGAGCAGCCACCGCACUGGCGGAAUAUAUUUCCACCGAAACGUCAAUGGUGAAGCUGUUGCACGACAUCUGGACGUACCACACGCUCGAGCGAAUGGUGCAGCUGAAGGUGAUGAAAAACCUGCUGGAAUACUUCCACUCCGGCACCCAUCCGUACUCGAAGGAGUACCGUGAGGUGGUGGAAAGGAUGGGUUUACCGGCCCUCAGAAAAUCUUACCUGUCUCAGCUAACACACCUGAUCGCUGAUCCGCCCACGACACAGAAAACUAUCCCCACCGAUAUACUGCACGGUCAAACGAAAACCGCCUGUGCCGAACGGAGGCUGCGGGAAACGAACGAAAUACUUCAAAUUUUGCUGCUAAUUGUACACUACAGCGGAAUCAGUCCGGAAGAGUUGGAGCAACUGUUUAAACUAUUCCGCGAACAUUCGUUCGGCAAGCAACAGGAUCAUUUAGACCCUGGGUCGGAAAUUCAUUCCGAGCUGGUAAAACGCAUAACCUACAACGAACUAGCGCUCGUUUUCCGCACGCUCGAUCUUUCGGAAAAGUUCGACGAUGCUGGCUGGAUUGAGCGUGUGGUGGCCGCUCUCGAUGGACCGAUGGUAUCGCUGCAUCAAUUUCCCGAACACGGCCCACUAUUGCUUGUGUGGAUGCUGUUCAACUUUCGUCUCGCGCAUACGGUGGAGGAUGAGGACAGGACGCGUCGCUACCAGCAGCUAGGAUCGCGUGCCAUAAAGCUGGGCGUGUUCGAGUAUCUGCACGCGAUCGUAUCCCAUCCGAUGUUUAAGGAUCAAAGCCUAACGGCACGCAUCGUUCGGAAAUCCAUCUUUAACCAUCUCGGCUUCCUCUGCCAAUUGUUCGAUGCGGGUGAAUCGAUCGCUCACCAUAACAGCAUAUACGAUCUGCUUAGCGAGCUGCUUACAUCGCCUACGAUUGCGACGGAAUUUUGCAAAUUGGAAGAUCAUCCAAUACGCGCCCUUUUCAACAUCUGUCUCGAGCAUUUCCCGGUCGAAUUUACACCCCUGUCGAAGGUAGCGUACGCACUAGCAACGGCCGGCUCUACGCAAAACGGUUACAUACAAAAGUUGUUGGAAAAUUUACCCGUCUACACGGAACUGUAUACCGGCCGUAAUCAGUACGAAAUUCGGAAAGCAUCCACAACGAACGAGGAUGAGUUUAUCCUCUGUCACGAUUACACACCCUCGCCGAAGAUUAACUUUACAAUCGCCCGUGGAACGAAACUGAUCGUGCGUGAUAUGCAAAACCAGCGUACGUACGUGCAUUUUAGCACUGGAUACAAUUAUUUUAACGCACUACACCACGAAAUUAAUGAACUGCUGGAAGAUGCACAAGCAACGAGUACACUUAACUCGGAGCGGGUGCAACGAAUUUCGGCCGGAUUAAAGUAUCUUGCCGUGGCUGUUCGACGCAUCCAGCAACCGUACGACAUUACCUCGGAAAUGGUACACCCAACGGAAAUGGUGUUCGAUGUACUGCUCAAAUUUAAAGCCGUCCCGAAUCCACCGAUCAAUCUGCUGGUUCAGUGCAUGAACGUUUGCACCGCACUGGUUCCACUGUUUGAGCAGGAAAUUUACAACCGCAUCAUCAAUCUAAACAUACUUCCGUCGAUUAAUAAUGCAAAUCUAACGUACCAAGAGUACGCCAAUGGGGUUGGGUACGAUUCCAGCUUGAUUGGAUACUACCUGAUGAAUGUGGAGCGUAGUGCUGGCCGCUACCCGAUACUGAUGGCGUACUUUAACUUCCUUAAAACCUACACCAAACUCGCCCGGAACAAUGUGUUCGGCGUUGAGCUACCUGGUGCAAUAUUUUUGCUGCGUGAAGUACUACCACACGCAAACAAUUGGCGCUACGAAACUGCGUCCGAUCGGUACCGGGUGCUGGUGUUUGUCGUACAGUACAUAUACGAAAUUCUACAAAUAGGCGAAGAAAAGCUAGAACAUGACUAUGCACGGCACGUGCUGCGGAACACGUGCGUGUACAGCUUGCUAAAUCGUGACAAUGGUUUAGUGCUACUAAAGAUCGUUGGCCUCGGAAAUGGGUAUCUGCAGGCGGUGAUGGAACGCGAAUCGAACUGGAUGCUCGUCCCGGAACAGCAACUUAAUCUUAUGAUACAAUACUCCAUGACGAUUCUGAUGCAGAUAUUACGGCUAAAACGACACAUCCAAGAGUACGAUCUUUCCCCUCUGGAAUCGGCAAUCUACACCCAACCAAAGCAACGCGACACACUGCGCAUCAUUCCCAUGGUGACGGGGUACAUGAGUAACAUAUUUAAUCCACGGCUACCCAUCCUGUCGUGCCGUUUGUUGCGCCGGUUUGCAAUCGAAUUUCGUAUGUCUCUGUUGGCCUGCCUGGACAUGGAGCCGGACCAAAUACGGCACACGUUUCUGGAGCGUUUGCAUGAUGAAAUCGAGAGCGAUGAUUUGAAGCUUGCCGUGCUGGAGUUUGUCGAAUCGUGCGUUCACAAGCAACCGGGCCUAACGGAAGCGUUCUUUAAGGUUUACUACGGUAAAACCGAUCGACGGUUACUGUUGGCAAAGGAUGGGGGCGGUGGUCCGGUUGCUGCCGCUGCAGCUGGCAGUGGUGGAAAAGGACGCCCAAAAACGAUGAUCAACGAUGGCAUACCGACGUACAUGGAAGAGUUUCUGGAAGCGAUCUCAACCGAUCCGGCCAAGCUGGCCAGCCCGCUGCUGUCGCGCAUUAUGUCACUGUUUCAUGCACUGUGGAAAAACAAUAUGCAAGCACUGGUGAAAACACUCCUACAGAAGCCGAACUUUUGGUCCUCGCUUUGUAAUCCACUGUUUAGCGAGCAGAUCGCGACCAAUAUGCGAUCGUACAGUCAGCUGUUUAACAUACUGGGUAUUGAGCUGUUUCGCGUCAGCUCUGCCGCCGGAAUAAAAAUGGAUCCGGAGCUGGCGAAAGUAUUCGAACGGUUCACCCAAACGUACGGUACAUUCUCACGCUGGGUUGAUAUCGUGCUUGAUCUUCCACACGCUACUAAAGAACGACGAGAUAUGGCGGAUAAAACUGGCAGCGAGAGCAAUGCUAGCCUUGGUGCAGAAAAUGACGGCACUGAUCAAACACCUGACUGGUUGGGACGGUUACAAUCGUUCAAGGAUCUGCUGGUACUGAUCGUGCGGAAAAAAGAGCCAGGCAUUUCAUUGUCGGCACGUUGCAAAACGUACCUAGCGGAACGAUUACUAGUGGCAUUGGUCGAACGUAUCGAACAGAUACAGGAUAUGCGUCCGCUGAUCGUACUCUCGGAGCUGUACCUAAUCGUACUGUCCGAUUUCGAUCACAAGUACACGGAAGAUCCGGCGAAAGAUGAUGAGAUGUUGGUACGGGCGGAAAAGUUGCUAAGCUUGGUGGCCGUUUCUUACGGCGAUUUACAUCAGCGUGCUAAGGAAGCGUUGAUCGCUAUUGGUAUUAAGACGGUCGAAUUGCAGGCUGAUCGGUUGUUGCAGAAUUACACCGUUGCGGCAGAAAUUACACGCUCGGCUGUGGAUAUUGCUGGGGAGGAAAUCUAUGCGCUAGAAGUUGCGAUACAGGCACAUGGUUUGAAGGCAAAAACUGUUUCCGAUACGAUCGAUGGAAAGCAGUACAAUUCACUGCUGUUAGCGAUAAACUUGCUAAAGCAACUGACGAUCAGUUUCGAUCAACCGGUAGAUCAUACGACACAGCAAGCCAACAACUCGACCCGUUGGGUUAGCUGGUUGGUAAAAGGCAAGCUGUUUCAACGGUUGCUUAGCAUUACGGGUACGGUUUUGCCGGAGUAUGGACGAAGAAAGCUGGUAACGGAGCUGCUGAAUCUGUUGAUUCUACUAGCCGAAAGCCAAUGCUCGGAGGAGCUACUGUACAGCGAUGUUGGGGACUAUCUGUGGUUGAAGCUAUUGCCACCGAAGGAACUGCUCCAGAGGCCGUAUGUUAUGGCGAACGAAACGCAACAGCAAUGGCAAACGCAGGAUUGGUGGCCCAUCUACUCCAAGGGCAUACACUUGGUACGAGCGCUGCUUAGCAAACAUGGGUACAGAUUUCUGCGUGACGCUAUCUUUUUCGUUGGAAUCCACGAGGAGUAUCUGAUGGAUUCGCUUAUGCUUGCCAAGCAAUCGCUAGAACCGAGCGCUUUCGUGCUAAUUCUCGAGACACUUCAGCUGCUUUGCACGAUGGUACCGUACGAGAAGGAAUGGCGGCUAGAGCACAGCCAAAGUUUGCUUAAUCUCAUGCGUUGUACCCAAUUCCUGAUGGAUCACUGCAUUUCGCUGCUGUACAGGCCAAAAAUCUUAAAGCGACUUACGACAGGUAUGGCUGACAAUGUCGGAUUUAUCGUGUCCGAGCUAGAAAUGGAUCCGAGCACUAUCGACACGUCGGACGAGCUGGUCAGUGCGAUGAACAGUCUGAUCGAAAUAGUCACACUUUGCGCCAAAUGUUUAAUGUGCUUUAGCCCUCCGUUGCUGUCACUACUCUGUGACGUCGAGUUCGUACCGAGCAAGUGGUGUCCACUGAUAGAGAUACAGUUCGGUGCGCCGAAGCUAAGUACGGACAACUAUUCGCAGCUAAGCUUCGGUUCCUUACUGCAGGCGGUUUGCAUCUUUACGAAGGUUCUUAACUUGCAACACUACAGCUUCAAUGAAACGCCGCUGAAUGAAUUGCCAGCUAGCGAAGGUGGAACCAAUCAGGAUGAGGAUGGAACGGACGGUACACAAACGAUGGGUCUAAUAUCGCGUGCUAAUCGAUCGGCACUAGGUGGUGGAGCAACAUCACCGGCUUCAUCCGAUGUGUCCCGCACCGGUGGAAAGCGAACACAAUUCUCUAAAACACUCUCCAUGACGAGCGUGUCCAGUUACACCUCUACCAACGCAAUUACGCUGUCGAAUGAGUUGCUCACCCAUCUGGACAGUAAGCGAUGCGUGUGUGGUCUCGAGUACGUCCUUACGCUGCUCACUUCCCAGAGUCUGUUCGCACUGAAGGACACGAAUCUGUCCCAGCGCGAGAAGCAACUAAUCAAGCGCGAACUAAGCACGGAGCUGCUCAUAUUUCAUGAUUUCGUAAAGAAACGCAUUCUAAAGGAUGCAAAAAGUAUUCUGGCGAGGAAAAAGCACGGUACGGUACCGAUUGUUAAUGAUCCUUACGCUUCCCAGCCUGACGACGGAAGUGAUCCUGACGCACCGAACGAUCGAUCGAAACUCUCCCACCAGCAGCAGUCGACGAAAAAGCAAACUUCAUCCACCACGACGACAAGCGGCAGCAGCAGUAGUAGUAGUAGUGCACAGCAUUCGAUGCGUAUAAAUGUUGUGCGGAAAAUGCAUCUACAGCAUCAACAGCAACAACACUCCGGUGGUGGUACGGAACAAGGUACUGCCUCAGAGGCCGGUGGUAAUGUGUUGAGCCCGAUCGCUGGUGCGGGUCAUGGUCAGGAUGCUGCUGCGGCAGGUAGAUCGUCGACACCGGUUCUGCGUGGUAUAUUGAAACCUUCGCCUUCCGCUUCCAUCAAACGCGUCAUGUUUGAUGAUGGGUUGCAUGAACAUGGCAAAAGCCUUGCGUACGUUGAGCCGGAAGACGAACCAAUAUUUUUCGAACCGCAAGAGCCACGCUUUACCGGACUGUCGUAUGUGCAGAUGGUGGAGGAAGACUACAUACAUCUGCUGUCGAACGUUUUGCUUAUGAUUGGUCAGAGUGAAAAUUAA